ACUAAUGGAAUACGGUCCUGUCGAAACAAGAAAGAAGAGAUCUCCCAACCCGAUGGUGAUGCUCCCAUGUUUCUUAUAGCUGGCGUGUGGUCUCACUCACUCCCACCCACCGCUCACUACUCCGUUUAACUCCGUCAACUUACUAAUCUCGUACCUCAUUACAACAAUCUCAAAUCUCAAUCUACACUUCCAAUUUCAAACGUAUUUUCAUCCAACCACUGACACUGUGACAGUCACCAACCCCCAAACACCAGAUCUCAAAACCGAUGCUCUUUUUUCUCUCUCUCCAAUCCUAUUUUAGAAUUUACGCACCAAAUGGAAUAAUCAAACAAUAAAACACCCUCCUCUCGAUUAUUCCCCCCUCAUUCACAUUCAUGGAACGUGCACGGAGGCUCGCAAACAGAGCGAUUCUCAGGAGGCUGAUCUACCAGCCCAAGAAUGAUCCUUCUCACUCGAGGCGCGUCUCAUCUCUUUCUCACUCCCUUUCAAGACGCAAACCAGACAACUUGAUCCAAAACAACACAAGCCUCGCGUACCGAUCCAUCUCCGUUGAGGCGCUCAAACCCAGCGACACGUUCCCCCGGCGGCACAACUCCGCCACCGCCGAAGAACAGAAGAAGAUGUCGCAGACGUGCGGGUUCGACUCGCUGGACUCCCUGAUCGACGCCACGGUUCCCAAGUCGAUCCGUCUGAAGGACAACGACAUGUCGUUCAGCACCUUCAACGAUGGCCUAACAGAGGCCGAAAUGGCGUCGCACAUGGCGCGCCUGGCCUCGAAGAACAAGUGCUUCAAGUCCCACAUCGGGAUGGGCUACUACAACACGCACGUGCCUCCCGUGAUCCUGCGGAACAUCAUGGAGAACCCGGCGUGGUACACGCAGUACACUCCCUACCAAGCUGAAAUAUCCCAGGGGCGUCUCGAGUCUCUCAUCAAUUUCCAAACCAUGAUUUCUGAUCUCACCGCGCUUCCCAUGUCCAACGCUUCCUUGCUCGACGAAGGAACCGCGGCUGCUGAGGCAAUGUCCAUGUGCAACAACAUUCACAAGGGGAAGAGGAAGACGUUUGUGAUUGCCAACAACUGUCACCCUCAGACCGUUGAUAUUUGCAAGACCAGAGCGGCGGGUUUCGGCAUUAACGUUGUUGUUGCCGAUGUUAAGGAUGUCGAUUACGGAUCCGGUGAUGUUUGUGGGGUUCUUGUUCAGUACCCGGGGACUGAGGGUGAGGUUUUCGACUAUGGGGAGUUUGUGAAGGAGGCUCAUGCUCAUGGAGUUAAGGUUGUUAUGGCCACUGAUUUGUUGGCUCUGACUCUGUUGAAGCCUCCCGGGGAAGUGGGGGCGGAUAUUGUUGUUGGGUCGGCCCAGAGGUUUGGAGUUCCGAUGGGCUAUGGGGGCCCACAUGCUGCGUUCCUGGCCACUUCGCAGGAGUAUAAGAGGAUGAUGCCGGGAAGGAUCAUUGGGGUCAGUGUUGAUUCUUGUGGAAGGCCAGCUUUGAGAAUGGCCAUGCAAACUAGGGAGCAGCAUAUAAGAAGGGACAAGGCCACCAGCAACAUUUGCACUGCUCAGGCACUGCUUGCCAACAUGGCUGCUAUGUAUGCUGUGUAUCAUGGACCUGAAGGACUGAAGACCAUUGCUGAAAGGGUUCAUGGUCUUGCUGGGGUGUUUGCCCUGGGAUUGAAGAAACUUGGAACGGUGGAAGUUCAGGACCUUCCGUUCUUUGAUACCGUGAAAAUUAAGACUGCCAAUGCCCAUGCAAUUGCUGAUGCUGCUCGCAAAAGUGAAAUAAAUUUGCGGGUUGUUGAUGGGAACACAAUCACUGUUGCCUUUGAUGAAACAACAACCUUGGAGGAUGUUGAUAAUCUUUUCAAAGUUUUUUCUGACAGCAAGCCUAUCUCCUUCACAGCCGCAUCUCUUGCACCAGAAGUUCAGACUGCACUCCCUUCUGGACUAAUUAGGAAGAGUCCUUAUCUGACACACCCUAUCUUUAACAUGUACCACACUGAGCAUGAGUUGCUCAGGUACAUUCAUAGACUACAAUCAAGAGAUCUUUCAUUGUGCCACAGUAUGAUCCCUCUGGGAUCUUGUACAAUGAAGCUGAAUGCAACUACUGAAAUGAUGCCUGUGACAUGGCCUAGCUUUGCCAACAUUCACCCUUUUGCACCAAUUGAACAGGCUCAAGGUUAUCAGGAAAUGUUUGAAAAUUUGGGUAACCUUUUGUGUGCAAUCACUGGGUUCGACUCCUUCUGCUUGCAACCUAAUGCUGGUGCUGCUGGUGAAUAUGCUGGACUCAUGGUUAUUCGUGCAUAUCACAUGGCAAGAGGAGACCACCACCGCAAUGUUUGCAUUAUACCAGUCUCGGCACAUGGUACAAAUCCUGCCAGUGCUGCUAUGUGUGCAAUGAAAAUUGUAUCUGUUGGAACUGAUGCCAAGGGAAACAUCAAUAUUGAAGAGUUGAGGAAGGCUGCUGAAACACACAAGGACAACUUAUCUGCACUUAUGGUAACAUAUCCUUCAACACAUGGUGUUUACGAAGAAGGUAUUGAUGAGAUAUGCAAGAUUAUUCACGAUAACGGAGGUCAAGUAUAUAUGGAUGGUGCUAACAUGAAUGCACAGGUGGGACUUACAAGCCCAGGUAGGAUUGGAGCAGAUGUUUGCCACUUGAAUCUCCAUAAAACAUUUUGCAUCCCUCAUGGAGGAGGUGGUCCUGGCAUGGGUCCUAUUGGAGUAAAGAAGCACUUGGCACCAUUUUUACCUUCACAUCCGGUGAUUCCCACUGGUGGCAUUCCUGCCCCUGACAAGUCGCAGCCACUUGGUACCAUUUCUGCUGCACCAUGGGGCUCAGCACUGAUAUUGCCUAUCUCAUACUCGUACAUAGCCAUGAUGGGUUCUAAAGGACUUACUGAAGCGUCAAAAAUUGCCAUUUUGAAUGCAAACUAUAUGGCUAAACGAUUGGAGAGUCAUUACCCUGUUCUUUUCCGUGGGGUCAAUGGAACAGUUGCUCAUGAAUUUAUUAUUGACUUGAGAGGCUUUAAGAAUACUGCUGGGAUAGAGCCUGAAGAUGUUGCAAAGCGCCUUAUGGACUAUGGCUUUCAUGGACCAACAAUGUCAUUUCCUGUGCCAGGCACACUCAUGAUUGAACCCACUGAAAGUGAAAGCAAGGCUGAGUUAGACAGGUUUUGUGAUGCUCUUAUUUCCAUUCGACAAGAAAUUGCUGAGAUUGAGAAAGGAAAGGCUGACAUUAACAACAAUGUACUUAAGGGUGCCCCUCACCCACCAUCACUGCUCAUGGGAGAUGCAUGGACAAAACCAUACUCUCGAGAAUACGCAGCCUUCCCAGCUUCCUGGCUCCGUGCUUCCAAGUUCUGGCCUUCAACAGGACGAAUUGAUAACGUGUACGGUGACCGCAACCUGGUUUGCACCCUUCUCCCAGCAUCACAGGCCGAAGACCAAGCUGUUGCAACGGCCUAAUCUUCCAUUGACAAGUAUUCAUUUUUAAAUUGUACAGUACAUAAACUCUUCCUAUCAUACAGUCGUUGCAGGUUCACCUUUGCUUCAACAAUUCAUCAUAUCAUAAUUUUUUUUUAUUAAAUAGUUAUCAUUAUUCAAAAAAGAAAUAAACGGUCGUGGCCUGCGGUAAACUCCUGCUUUUGGAUUUUGGGAUUUUUUUUUUUUUU